CACCAGUGUACACCAGUAGACACUACAAUUUUUUUUACACCUAUGUUAUGAUCUAUGUUUUACAUAUACAAAUAAAUUUGACAUUGUUGUAGUUAGAGGAAUUAAAAAGUAAACUGAAAAGUCAUAUGAAGUGGACAAAGAAAAUUAUAAGCAAAUAGUUUAAAUUCCAUAAUGUUGAAACCUAAAGCGUUAACUCAAGUGUUAAGUCAAGCUAAUACUGGAGGUGUAGAAAACACUUUGUUAUUGAAUCACGAAGGAUCUUUAUUAGCGUACAGUGGAUAUGGAGAUAAAGAUGCUCGGGUUACAGCUGCUAUAGCUUGUAAUAUAUGGUGUGCUUAUGAAAAACAUGGAAGAAAUGUUUUCCGAGAAGAACGCCCAGAAAUUAUUCUUAUGGAAUGUAUGGAAGGACGGAUAGCAAUUACACAAGUAGCUCAUCUGCUGUUGUGCUUAUAUGCAAGAAAUAAUGUCGGAUUUGGAAUGUUAAAGGAAAAGGCAAAUGCACUGUCUUCAUAUUUAGAAGGUCCCCUCAAACAGAUUGCUAUUUCAUAAGAAUUAUCUUUGGAGUAAACAAAGCAGUGUCUGCAUACAUUUAUAUAUUUUUUUCAAUAAAAUUAUGUUUAUUAUUGUAUAAA